GGCCGCUCCGGGGACGGGCCGGGGCGGGGCGCGGCGGCAGGAAGCGGGGCGGGGACUCGCGGAAGCCUUGGGGAGCGAGGGAGGGCGCGGCCAACUCCCGGAGAGACGACAGGCCGAGAGAGCGGCGCCCCGGCCUGGCGCCGAGCCUGAGCCAGCCGGACGGGAGGCGGCCCAGCCGCGCUCGGCCCCAGCCCCGCCAGCAUGGCCGGCCGGACCGUGCGGGCCGAGACCCGGAGCCGGGCCAAGGAUGACAUCAAGAAGGUGAUGGCGACCAUCGAGAAGGUCCGGAGAUGGGAGAAGCGCUGGGUGACUGUGGGCGACACUUCCCUUCGUAUCUUCAAGUGGGUGCCAGUGGUGGACCCCCAGGAGGAGGAGCGACGGAGGGCAGGUGGCGGGGCAGAGAGAUCCCGAGGCCGGGAGCGGAGGGGCAGGGGUGCCAGUCCCCGAGGGGGUGGCCCUCUCAUCCUGCUUGAUCUCAAUGAUGAGAACAGUAACCAGAGUUUCCAUUCGGAAGGCUCCCUGCAAAAGGGCACCGAUCCCAGCCCUGGGGGCACCCCCCAGCCCAGCCGCCCUGUGUCACCUGCUGGACCACCGGAAGGGGUCCCAGAGGAUGCUCAGCCCCCACAGCUGGGCCAGGAGAGAGAUCCUGGGGGCGUAACCGCAGGCGGCACGGAUGAGCCUCCAAUGCUGACCAAGGAGGAGCCUGUUCCAGCACUGCUGGAGGCUGAGGAUUCGGGAGUGAGGAUGACCAGGAGAGCCCUCCACGAGAAAGGCCUGAAAACAGAGCCCCUCAGGCGGCUCCUUCCCAGGAGGGCCCUCCGGACAAACGCCCGGCCCAGUUCUGCGGUGCCUCAGGACCCCAGAGCUCCCGUGGGAGGAAGCAAGGCCCCGAGGGCACCGAGGACGACCCCCCAGGGGAAGGGGAGGUGAGCCGGCUCCCCAGGCAAGGCGAGGCCCUUAGGCUUCCCCUGGCCGCCCCAAGAUCCAGCCACCCACCCGUGCCCCCGAGGGUGCAGAGAGCUUCCCAGCUCCACAGCCACCGCGGGAUCAUCGGGGGCGAGCGGCCCCAGCCUGACCCGAACCUAAGGCCACAGAACCCAUCUGGCUCACCACCGACACCCGCACAGAGCGGGCUCGACGACACCCCAAGUGUGGGAAGGGCUUCGGGCACAAUCGGACCACAUCGAGCGCCUGAGGACGCAUCGCAGCCAGAGGGUCCGGAGUGCUGGGUGCGCGCCCGGCCUCCACCCGGGGAGGGGCUGCACGGGAAGCGCAGGGGCCUCCGCCAGCCUCCGGCCAAGGCCCGGGGAGGCAGCGCACGCGCAGAGACCCUGCGUCACACGCCCAUCUCCCCACCGCCUCCCUCCUGCCUCCCCGAAGGCCCACGGAUGCCCCGCCUGCGGGUGAGUUCCGUUGAUCGCUGGAGGACCUGCAGCAAGACCUCCCGGCGGGGCCAGCCUCGCCAGUUCCCCGGGAGACCACGGGGCCGGAGACCUUCCCGCCCAGGCGCCCGCCUCGCCCACGUGGGGAUGCGGAAGGUGGCCUGGGCUGGCUGGCGGGGAGCUCACGAAGCUUCUGGCACAACCCUGAGCCACCCCCAACAGACCCGGAAAAUCCCCACCUGGAGAAGGCCCGGGGCGAGUGAGCCCUUUGCGCGGUUCCAAUGGCCGUCACCGAGUUCUUGCCCACUCCACUGCUGGGCCCGUCGUACUACGAAAUAAUCACGUCUCCCAUUGGUUGAGGGCUUACUCCGUGCCAGGCUUUGUGAUUUAUGGGAAUGACCUCAUUCAAUCCUCACCACAGUCCUGUGCCAUUGGGGUUCUCAUUAUCAGCAUUUUACAGAAGGAGAAACUAAGUCUCAGAGAGGUUAAGGGACCGGCCCAAAGUCACACAGCCAGUAUGUGGCAGAACCAGCAUUCAGACCCAGGUCUGCCUGCCUGACUCCGCAGCCCGCCCCACGGCACUGCUUCUCCUGCCGGUACACGAGUGAAGGGUGCAGGUUUGACAGGACGUCUGCUUAUGAAGCAUUCAUUUUUCUCGUGGUAAUUACCUAAAACACUUUUUAUACUAAAGUGAGCAGAUACUCCCAGGAAUGAAAGUGAACAUUUGUGCCAAGAUGGAAAUGCAACUUGAGACGUCGGAGAUAUUCCAUGCCAAGGUCAAGGCUUCAGGCUCAGCCCCUGACUCCCUGAACUGACCUCUUCUCAGACCUCUGCCUUUGGAGGGAUGUUGACCAGGGAAGCUCUGCUGCAGGGCCAGCUUCUGUGUGGAACCUUCCUGGAGGCCAAGAAAGAUGGCCUCUCCCCAGUUUGCCAUCCCACUGAAUUGCUUAGGAAGGUCAUCGAGUUUCUCUGGGCUAAGGUUUCUAAAUUCCCCACACAUAUCAAUCUAGGAUUGGGGAUUGAAAAAUUAGAAUUCUUAGGAAUUCCUGAAGUCAUGUUAUUCUGUAUUUUUCAUAACUUUCUAUAUUUUUUUUUAAUGAGAAAUAAACAUUUAGUAGUAAUUACAAAGAACUGUAGGCUAUAGCAAAUAUUCAAAACCAGGAAAAUACCAGAGAACAUUACUGGGUAGUAUUUGGAUAACAAAAUGUUUAAACCUUCAGCAAGAUCAACUACACUACACAGAAUCAUGUGUUGAAAUUGCCAAUUUAAGGACUUGUUUCUAAAACUUUUUACUUCUCAGAACAUCAUUCAUAGAAUUUGUAUAAGAUAUACAAUACAUGUAAACAGGUUAAUAUUUUAAUCUGUGAGAAUGACUCGCUGUUAACAACAAGUAGGGCCACGAAUACGUUUUUUUAUUUGUUUGUUUGUGGCGGCUUGUGGGAACCUAGUUCCCCGACCAGGGAUCGAACCCAGGCCCUCAGCAGUGAAAGCGUGGGGUCCUAAUCACUGGACCGCCAGGGAAUUCCCACGAAUACGUUUUUUACAUGGCAACAGCUACAAAAAAAAGACUGAUUAGUUGUGAUCACUUAUCUCCUAUGUACUUCGGUCCCAAGUUCCAGAAAUGUCUACCUUAACCUUGGACUCUGUGUCAGCAUUUCCUUCUCGUGCCGUGCUUUUUACUUGACAUCAGUGGAUUCCUUCAAACCAGGAAUUCCUCGAUGUUUAUUGUUAAGCAUUCGUUCUCACAGGAGAAUUAUAAUAGUUUUUCCUGUUUUCCCAAUUUCUUGACUGAUUAUUUUUGGGAUUCAGAAAAACACAAAUUUCAGGACUUCCCUGGUGGUCCCAUGGUUAAGACUCCACGAUUCC